CGUCGUAGUAAAAAUAUGUAGCAUAGGCAUAUGAAAUAGCCUCAAACAGCAACUAGUCGUGGAAAAUGUUUCGAUUCGCGAACAGUGUCUGAAAUCGUUGCUGGUUAGCGAUCAGCGAAAAAAUAGCUGUGUUGUGUUGAAAGCAGUAAACUAAACGGGACUUUUGCACUGUAUUUGUGCGUGUACGUGACCGACCGCAGCUACGAAGAGGUGUUUGUGGUAGGAUCAAAUCCUUGCCCAUUUUCGUAGACAUUGUUCUAGUAUUGUCGUCGGAUAUAGAAUUAUUUUGCGGUGGAUAAAUUGCGUAAUUUGUUUUGAUCAAUUACUUCCUGUAGAAGGAUUGUUGUCCAGUCGCCGAACGUGUUGUACUGAGUGAUAGCAACGAGUUUUAUCAACCAAAGGAAAGUGAAUUUUGCCACAUUCCAAAUGGUUGAUUAUCUAAGAGUCUCAAAACUAGAUGAACCUUGAAAUUCAACUUAACCCAGCCCUUUGGUGUGCGACUGUGAAAACAUAAGGCAAUGAACAUCGCGCAGGUCGCUUCCGCAACAUUUGUAAACAUAACCGUCGUCAUCGAAUAAAUAAAAGUAUAACAGUUCAGUCUCAACAGUGUCAACGACACGCACCAACAUACCAACAGACGUGUAAAAAUAAGCAAAAAGACGAGAUCGACGGGUAAAAGUUUGCACGAUCACCGAAGAAGAGAGCGACAAUAAUAAAAAAAAGUCUGAUAAAAUCGUAGAACAGACGGGAAACUGUGCCUUUUCAAGGUGACAUCGGGGUUCAAUCGAAACAUUACGUAUACAGACAGCGUGUUCCGGAAUACGCGUUCGCGUUGCUUGACGAUAAGAAUGAUAGAAACCUGAAACGAGCGCUACCCUGAUCCGUCGAGUAAAGAGAAGUGAAAAUAGCAAUCCGGUCAGGCAAACCGGUUUGACCAUCCCACGGCUUCCUCGCUCAGACAGAAAUGUCAAACUUGAAGGGUCUGUUUGCCGGUGGCAGUGCCGCUGAAGUGGCCGUCGUUGCAGUCGGGACGCCCAGCGUCGGUAGUGGUGGCACCACGAUGGGAUUGGCCAACGCUGGCCUCGAUAAGCCACGAGAGACUGAUAAAACAAUAGAAUACUCGUCAACCACGGUUAACCCGCAAAAAUCAGCUUCGGCAACUACCGUGAAAAGUAACCACAGCCCACAAAUUGUUAGCUCAAACCAACAAAAACCGCUCAACAAUCGCGAUGUGGUCAUCACCAGCCUAAUUGCGGGUGCAAUCGCUGGUGCACUGGCCAAAACAACCAUCGCCCCGCUGGAUCGCACAAAGAUCAACUUUCAGAUCAACAAACACAUCCCGUACUCGUUCGCGGCUGCGAUGAAAUUUCUGCGGGAUACCUACACCAAAGAAGGCUUCGCGGCACUCUGGCGAGGAAAUUCGGCCACGAUGGCCCGAAUCAUUCCGUACUCGGCCAUUCAGUUCACGUCCCACGAGCAGUACAGAAAGCUGCUGCAUGUUGAUCUACACGGCGACACCAAAGUGCGACGCUUUCUGGCUGGUGCCCUGGCCGGUAUCACCUCGCAGUCAUUGACCUACCCGCUGGAUCUGGCCCGCGCUCGGAUGGCCGUUACGGACAAGUACUCUGGGUACACGACCCUGCGGCAGGUUUUCGUCAAGAUUUGCCAGUGCGAAGGCCCUCGGACGCUGUACCGGGGCUACUGGGCGACCGUGCUGGGCGUGAUUCCGUACGCCGGGACGUCAUUCUUCACCUACGAUACUCUCAAGAAGGAGUACUGCAAGCACACCGGCGACAAAAGUCCCAACACUGUGAUAUCGCUGAUCUUUGGUGCCAUGGCCGGCAUGAUCGGUCAGUCCUCUAGCUACCCGUUGGACAUUGUCCGGCGAAGGAUGCAAACCACCGGUGUGACGAAACAUUGCGCCGAUCGGUAUCUGACGAUCGGGACGACGCUGGUUAAAAUCUACAGGGAGGAAGGUUUCAUCGGGGGUUUCUACAAAGGUCUUAGCAUGAACUGGAUCAAGGGACCGAUCGCCGUUGGUAUCAGCUUUGCGACGUACGACCACAUCAAGCACUUGCUGCGGGAGAUUAUCCAUGUGCAGGACGACGGUAGUUCCGGACGGUAGAAAUGCGUUAUUUAGUAAGUUCCCGGAGCGAAAGUUUGAAUCUGUCUAAGAAAGCAUUUCCCGGGUGGGGUUAAAGUAGAACGGGGGAAAAAAAUAGAACGAACGAUCGAAUGUGUGCCUGCGGAUAGUAGAUAGUACUGUGUAGGAUGUUGUUGUUUUAAUGAUUGAUAGGUUGAUCUUUGUCUGUUUGUUGUUUGUUUUGUCAGUCAAUCGGUCAAUGUAAACGGUGCAAUUAAUUGUAAAUAGGGAAGGUAAACAAAACUGAGGUUAGGUUGGGGCAGAAGCGCUUACUUUGUGUGUUCCCCGAUGAUGGGUUGGGUACUAUAUUUGAGGAUGCAGUAUACUUUAGGUAAAGGAAAAGCGGGAUGUCAGAUUUAGUUUUUUCUUCUAUAGUUAUUCAUUUAUUCAAAAUAUCCAGAAAAUGUUGAACGUGUACCAUGAAUGAAAUUUCUUGAUAAAUAUACCAAUUGUGUGAGGGCGUUUAAAGAAUCAUUCUCGAGAAUGUAUUGAAGUAGUCACUAUUUUUUGUCCAAAUAGCCAAAUUGAUAUGUGCGUAUUUAGACAACGCUCUUUACUGUCAUUUUUUCCACAGAUCAGAUGGUUUGUUGACAUGAACUGAUAUGUUAUUUUGCACAUAUCCAUUUUAGUUUUCUGCAUGCGGUGGAGCAGGUUUUGUCUGAAGUUAGUCAAAUCUAGCGCAGAUUUUAAUACCAAGACUGCUUAAAUUCGUUGAUGGGAAACACUCGCAUUUUCUGGGUGUAAAUCAAUGACAAUAAAUCUCUAUUCAUAGUUGAUUGGCACACAAAACGUAUCUGCUUUGAUUCAUAAAUAAACGAUACAUAAAAUGUUUAAAAAACACAAAAAGCGCUUCACUACGUCAAAACUAACACUAUUGUGUCAACCUUAGUCUGUAGCCUAUAUUUUUAGUUGCUACAUGUAAAAAAAAAGUUAAAUAAAUGAUGAAUUAUGAA